AAUAGAUGCGCGCGCGUCCUGUAUCCGUCUCUAUCCUGCUCUCUUAUGGAUCAUACAGCGAUGCGAUGUGCUGGAGUCCUCUACAAACCUCCGUCGAUGGAUCUGGAGUAACAGAACAGGCAUCAGAUGCAGUGACGCAUUUAUCUGAGUGGUUUGCCAGGGCAUUGGCAUGGGCUUGUAAUGAAUGGCGACGGGGCUCCCAGAAGCCCGGAGCACUCCUGCUGCACACUUCCCGACUGGAAGGAGUUCUGUGAGCUUCACGCUCGAGCUUCCGCCGCUGAUUUUCUCGACAAGUUUCGGCGAUUCCUCAGUGAGAACCCAUGCUACGACGCACCCGGUGCUGACACCAGCUUCUCACAACACUUCGCUCAACACUUCCUGACCUGCUUCUCCACCGCCCUCGACCAAGGCUCUCCGGGAGACUCCUCCGCUCCGAAGUACAGCAUCGUGCCCUUUGUGGGCAUACAGAGCUGCACGCUGCCCCUCAGCCACGACCUCUACCAUCGGCGGAAAGACGUGGGGGCCUCGAGCGAAUCACUGCAUAGCAUGGACAGUGGAGGGGGCGGAGCCAGCGGACAGGAACAGCAGACCCCCACCCAUAAGAUGUCAACCCUGAGCCAAUCCAGGAGUUCGGAGGAUGUGUCCAUGGGGCGACGCAAGACUCGCUUCAAGAAGGGCUUCUCCCUCCGAAACAUGAGUCUGAGCGUGGUGGACGGGGUGAAGGAGAUCUGGCACCGCAGGACCUCUCCAGAACCAGACCCCUCGGGGAGCUCCAGGAGGAGCAAUGGACCCGAGGCCAUGGGGUCCGAACACUGGAGCCAGAAGCUGCGGCUGCCGCGGGGCUCUCAGGGCCAUAAAGCAGAGCUGUUGGAGAUCCAGAGGGAGGGUGCGCUCAGAUACAUGGUGGCUGAUGAUAAUAACUGUGUGGGGGCGGCGCAGUGGCAGAAGUGCAGGCUGCUGUUGAGGAAGACCGCCGCACAAGUGGACGCAGGAGAGACGUUCCAGCUGGAGUUCUACGUUCCACCAAAGACAUCUAAACCCAAAGUGAGCGUCCCUCUGUCUGCUAUCGUGGAGGUGAGGACCACCAUGCCUCUAGAGAUGCCCGACAAAGACAACACAUUCGUGCUCAAGGUAGAAAAUGGUGCUGAAUAUAUUUUGGAGACCAUCGAUUCUUUGCAGAAGAACUCAUGGGUCGCUGAUAUCCAGGACUGCAUUGAUCCAGGGGACAGCGGCGAUGACAUCGAGCUGGCGUCAUACGCUCACAGCCAACCGCACAAAGACUUCUCGCUGGUGUCCUCCUGCAGCUGUGAGCUGCUGUGUGACGGUUCACAUCGAGGGUCCGAGCGGCUGUGCUCUGCAGCUGCUGAUCAGUCGACUGCGACCCACUGUCAGGAGCCGCCCGUCACCCAGCACCCCUCACACGUCCCGCUGGAGCACUUCCUGCGGUCGCCAGAGCCCCCCAACACUAACACCCCGUCAGGAAGCCCAGGUGAGAGCCCAAGGGAAGCUGAAGGAGAUGCCAGUUUGGCGGGUUACCCAUGGUUCCACGGGACGCUGUCUCGGGUGCGAGCGGCACAGCUGGUUCUCGCCGGAGGGGCACGGAGUCACGGUCUGUUUGUGAUCCGCCAGAGCGAGACGCGUCCCGGAGAAUACGUCCUCACCUUUAACUUCCAGGGCAAAGCCAAGCACCUGCGGUUGUCUGUGAAUGACAGCGGUCAGUGUCUCGUUCAUCACCUGUGGUUCCAGACGGUGGCUGAUAUGUUAGGACACUUCCACGCUCACCCCAUCCCACUGGAGUCCGGCGGCUCCACACACAUCACGCUGCGCUCAUACGUACAGGUCCAGCGCUCGCCCACAGACGUGUGUCCUGAUGUCCCAGCUGCCCCGGGGGACUCCUCUGUGUGUGGACUCGAGCCCCAGUCGAUGCCGUCAGACACAGUGCUUUCCUCCAGCUCGUCCUCGUCUCCGAUGGCUCAGCCGAGCCGCAGCAGCAGCGCAGAGAGACUCCUGGAGCCCGGGGCCGGAGCUGGAGCUGGAGCUGGAGCCGGAGCCGACGACUACCAGGACAGCGACGGCCCUCGUCGGACUCGAGCCGUGGAGAACCAGUACACCUUCUACUGAUCCUUCUCCUGAUCCUCCUCCUGAUCCUUCUCCUGAUCCUUCUCCUGAUCCUUCUACUGAUGCUCCUGACGCUCCUGAUGCUGAGGAGCCGUCACUGACACACUCCAGGCUGAGCAGGACUCUGAGCCAUCACCUGAUGUGAUGUGUGAGUUACUCAUGUCUAGCACUGAUUCAUGUCUCUCCUGCUGAACAAAGCUGCAUUUGAGUGAUCAAGAUACUGUAAAAAUAGUCAAAUAUUAUUACAAUUCAAAAAUCAGUUUUUUUAUGUGAAUAUCUGUUAUAAUACUGCAAUGUAUUUUUUGAUGCUUCGCUGUAUUUUCAGCAUCAUUCCUCCAGUCUUCAGUGUCACAUGAUCUUCAGAAAUCAGAAUAAUAUGAUGAUUUACUGCUCAAGAAACAUCUCUGAUCAUUAUCAGUGAUGAACACAGUCGUGCUGCACAAUAAUUUUAUGGAAACUGUGAAACUUUGUGGAAAUUGAUCACUUUUGAUCAAUUUAAUGCACCCUUAAUUAAUAUAAGUUUAAAUUGGUUUUCUUUGUUGUUGUUUUUUAAGCUCUUCCCAAUCUUUUGAAUGUAGUUCAUCACAGUUGUAUAUUAAGCUGCAAAAAGCACUGAUAAUAAAUCUUCUUUUCAUGAUUUCUGAAGAUCAUGUGACACUGAAGACUGGAGGAAUGAUGCUGGAAAUACAGCGGAGCAUCACAGAAAUACAUUACACUUUAACAGAGACUGUUUUUACUAAUCUUUUAUAUCAAAAUAUUAUUUCAGAAAACAUUACUGUUCAAAAGUUCAGAAUGAUUCAUAUUUGUAGUGUAUGUAUAUUUGAUCUUUCUUUAUAUGCCAACACAUCAUAAAAAAUGAUUUUGCAAUCAUCCAGAACACCUCGGUGUAAGAGAAGUGAAUGAUGGUGUGAGCGCGGCAGUCUUUGAUCCAGUCGAGUCAGUCCUUGAGCAGAUCUUCAGGUGUUCUGCAGCACGUUCUCGAUCGUACAGUCACAGUAAACACCUCCACAUUAACCAGAACACGUUCAGUUUCCACCAUCAUCAUCUUCAUCAGGAUUCCUGGCUCUGUGCAGUGUAAGAGACAGCAUCCAGACAGCAAGCAGUUUCGGCCCAGGUCUGGCCCACAUCUGGCCCACAUGGAUUUCAUGCGGGCCAGAUGUGGGCCGGAUCUGGGCCAACACUAUGUUGCUGUCUGCCUGGGCAUCUUCUCCUGUAGAUGUGGCAGUGUUUGUCUCUGUUUCUAUUGCGUUCACCUGUUCAGCCACACAUUACUCUAAUACAAGUCAUUUAGAGAUGUAUUUUGUUUUCCUGUUGACUUGUACAGUAGAGUGUAAAAUGUCAAAUCACCACUCAUCUAUUGGCAUUUUUCCAUAAUGGCCAGAUGAGACAUGUUUGUGAUGUUUUCCAGCAAGAAGGGCUUCUUCUGAACAUCAUCAGUGUCUUAUUUAAAGGGACAGUUCACCUAAAAAGGAGAAAUAACGUUGUUGCAGACCUGUAAGGGUUUCUGCCUUCUGUUGAACACAAAAUAAUCAAAUAUAUAAAAUAUGCAAACAGUUGCUGGCAGCCAUUGACUUACAUAGUAUGGAAGUCAAUGGCUACCGUCAACAACAUUCUUCAGUAUAUCCUUUUUUAUGUUCAACAGAAGAAGGAAACUCAGAUGAAGUAAAUUAAUAAUGAACAUGCUUUUUUUUUAACCAAUUCAGGAUCACUCAUGAUUAUAUUUUACCCUAAAACUGUGUUUGCUCAAUACGCCUGUUCUUUGACUGCUGUUACGAGUGACAAAACCAAAACAGCAUCUUCUUCACCUGGAACUGGAUCAUUUGAGGUUAACGUGAACUGGUUGUGUCCCAAUCCUCCAGCGAUACGAGUCAAGACACUAAACCUGUUCAGUGCAGCUGUAGACGUCGACUGAUGCUGUGGGAUAAUAAACAGGCCAGCACUGAAUUAACUGGCUUUUAAAAUCAACACUGAAUGCAAACCUUGCACUGUUUAUUACUGAUAACUACACGAGUCACAUAUUUGAGGAGAAAGUGUACUGUGCUUGACGUCUCAUCAUCAUCAUCAUCGUUUAUUAACUGAAAACGACAGGUGUGUAGAUCCAUGCAUCUCUCCCGUGGUGUUUUAUUGAACACACUAGAUGUUUUACAUGAAUCCUUGACACUAACAGAGGAAGGAGUCUGGAUCAUCCUGGGAUUUUGUAUCAACCUUCACAUUAAACUUUAUAUUUCUGUGAAUAAAGGAAAUGAAGAAGCACAAAGAAAUCUUUUCAUUAUGAAUGCAGUGAAUGCACACAUUAGUCUGUUUGGUGCGUGUGUGAAGAAAGGUUUGCUUUCAGAAAUCAUUUUAUACUAACACAAACCAGAAACCCAUGAUAUAGUAUAUUAUAAAUAAAUAUAACAAUCAUUUAUAUAGA